UAUGUCGACAUCCUCCUUCGAAUCAAGCUUUGGAUGCAGAGCGCUGAGCGCCGAUGCCGCAUCACUUGCAGCCUACCGAAAGACGCAUGGGCCUGCCUUCGCUAUGUCCUGAAGUACGCCCACCUACUGCAGCACGCCACGCCGCGAGCCGUCAGGAAGCAUGUCAAGCGGGGACGUCGCUACGAAAUACCUCCCAUGCUGAAGGGAUACCUGCGUGCCACAAGGAUGACUUGCACUGGCCCCAACGCCGCGCUGUCCAGGCACGCGAUAACGGAGCUGGUGGAGGACGAGACGAAGCGGCGUGAGCUCUUACCCAAAGCAAGCGCCACGCUUCGACCUCCACUCACUUCGUUCGCUUUCGCGGUGUCGUGGUGUCUCCAGUUCCACACUUCGAUGCUCCCCCUUGCUGAAUCGGAUAUACGUCGGGUUCCGACGAGCGAGUCGGAGGGCCAGAAAGACGUGAUCAUGCGAGCCUGCUAUGUCAACUUUUAUGUGAUCUCCCGACCGAGUCUGCGAGAUACUCUUCUCUGGCUCAAAGAGCAGCCAUACUUCGUACCGGUCAAGAUACCUUUUCCGAAAGCUCUCAACGCUGAUCUCAUCAACCGAUACAAGUUCCUCUCGAUCCUUUGGCGGUUGCAGAGCUGCCCAAUCCUGGCUGCAGACCAAGGCCUGAUGACGAUGACGCAGUCGAUGCUGGACUCCUGCCUUGCUAUCGCGAUGCCAGACCGACCGCUGACGAGCACGACGUCCCGGCGACGACGCGCAUCCUUCUCUGCGCUGCAGGACAUACGGGCCAGACCGCGUCUUCCGCUCAAGCCACCGUGCCAUUGUGAGCGUCGUUUGAUGGUGAUAUGAGCGGGGAGGCGUCCAACUGGUAGAAGAAAGCAUGAGCACCGCUUUCGAAAUGAUAUGUAACACCACCGAAAGUAUCAGCCGUACCGAUGUCUGUCCUAACAUAUGCAUGGCUUGACGAGUCAGACUCGUUCCCCAGGCGGACUUACUUAUCUUCGCCAGGAGGAUCAGUCUGAAAAGCGCGGC